AUGCCACCCAAAACAGCAGCAUCUUCCACUUCGUCGACAGCUAAAGUGCAACCAAACUCACCGGCACAGCAAUUGACAGCGCUUCUCAAGACACAACAAUUCUACUGGUACGUGGGCCAUGCGUUGGCCAUCUUGUUCUUUGCUUUGAGUUCGAUUACUGCUAUCUUGUUCAGAGAAGCCGCCUCCUUGAAGUACUACCGCUUCACUUUGUUGUCCAUCAUUGUUACCUACCUAAUUGUAUUGAAACAGGUGUAUCUCAAGCACAACGCACCAAAAGUCUCCGCAGACAGGUUGGUCAGAGACGAGAACGUCCAGUACUUGAGCUUGGCCGUCAUAUUCUACAUUGCUAGCUAUAUACUCAACAGCCAAGCGCAAACCGUGUUGUACUCCUACAUCAUUUUUUCCGUUUUCCAUGCGCUCACCUAUUUCCAAAACCACAUAUUGGCAAUCGCCGUGCCUUCGAUUCCGGCACAGCAACGGGUCAAUGCACGCAUCAACCACUUCACCACUCAGUUCAACCAACCUGCACUAGCCGCUGCGUCGACUGUGGAGAUUGUGUUGGCGGUGACCACAGCCUUUGACGUGUUGUUUAACACACUUUUGUUGCUUUUGAAACGGAACAUUGUCGAGUACGCUACCAAGGUGUUCCUCUUGGUUACAGUGGUUGUGUUUAACAAGCUUAGAUAUGACAACAACCAGUUCACCAAAUCUGCCGUCAGCCAAUUGGACCAGACAUUGACCGGAUACGUCAACCGGUUGAACAAUGCACAAUUGACUCAGAAGUACUUUGGGUUGAGAGAGAAGUUGAUUCACUAUUUAGCUUUGGUGCAGUUGCCUAAAGCAGAGAAGAAGACGCAAUAA